AUGUUCGGCUUAUCUAGAACCAUUGCCACCUCUGUCAAGGGUCUUCAAAAUACCACCAGGGCGUUUUUCGACGCUUCCCAGCAGGUCCGUUCUUUCACAAAGACCACCGGCAAGAUCAUCCCAGUUUACGAGCCAUUGGUAAAGUUACGCGAAGGCAAGCCAGUUAUGGAUGCAGUCUACCACCAUCAGUACGCUAUCCUCGAUCCUACCGGGAUGAAGCGCAAGCUUAUCGAUGCCUCCGACCCCGACCACAUUAGAGCCGGUGACGUUAUCACCGUCAAGUUCAAGAACAGAAAGAGAGGGUUUACUGGUUUGCUUAUGGGGAUCAGUAGAUCCCGUACCGAUACUAGUCUUUUGUUGAGAAACAACAUUACCAAGUUGGGGGUUGAGUCCAGAAUUCCGCUUUUCAACCCAAGCGUCGAGAGAGUCGAGGUUGUUACCAGAAACCACCGUUUCAGAAAUAAAAAGAGUAAGCUCUACUUUGUUAGAGGCACAAAGUUUGAUGUCGGUACCGAUUUGGAUCAACAGUUGGCCAAGAUGAAGAAGAACGAAAGAUGGUAG